CACAUUGUGCUGAAGUGCUGUUCAGUACUGUUGGCAUACUUGGUUCUUUUGAUCCUUCUCUUUGAAACUAUCAAGAUGUCGAAAAGAGGACGUGGUGGAUCGGCCGGAGCCAAAUUUAGGAUAUCUUUGGGUCUACCGGUUGGUGCAGUUAUUAAUUGCGCUGAUAAUACUGGAGCGAAGAACUUGUAUGUAAUUGCAGUCCAAGGAAUUAAGGGCCGGUUGAACCGCCUUCCAGCAGCGGGAUCUGGUGACAUGAUUGUAGCGACUGUUAAGAAGGGAAAACCUGAACUCAGGAAAAAGGUGAUGCCUGCCGUGGUUAUACGGCAAAGGAAACCAUUUCGUAGGAAGGAUGGUACAUUUAUAUAUUUUGAGGAUAAUGCAGGAGUUAUCGUCAAUAACAAGGGCGAGAUGAAAGGCUCAGCUAUUACAGGACCAGUUGCAAAAGAGUGCGCGGAUCUUUGGCCAAGAAUUGCCUCUAAUGCCAGUAGUAUUGCGUAACUUAUCCUGUAUAAAUAUAUUGUCCUUUACAAAAUAAAUCUGAAAAUAAAUCCAUUGAG